AUGAUUCGUAGAGAUUCUGGUGAAAUGUAAUAACAUGCUUUUAGCCAACCCUAUUUAUGCAAGUCGACCAAAGAAAUUCAAACAUUCAGAAAAGAAUAUUAUUUCUAAAAAUUGCCUUCUUUAGAUUCUCCUUAGUCGAAUAAUUCUUGGUAAGUCAGGAAAGGAGGAUCUGCUAAAUGCAUAGACACAGAUAGAGUAAAUUCAGCACUGAAAUCACUUACACCUUAGCAGUAAAAGUAGAAAAAAAAUUCAACAAUAUAAAUUGAAGAGUCCACUUAAUUUGAUCUUGGUUCGAGUAGAAAUUUUCAAAGAUUAUUUACUGUUAAGAAUCAUAACAAAUCAACUACUGGCAGUGUAAAAAUUCAGAGAGAUGAUAAUACAAAUACUAUUACAAAUCAUGUUGUGUUGAGGAAAUCACAUUAUCAUUAGACCUAAUAAAUUUAAUAAUCAUAAUAAUAGGCACAGUAAUAAUAAUGUCCAUUUUAAUCUGGCAAAUCCCUCAAAGACAUCAUAUCAUAAUUCACAGAUAAAAAGACAAAAAAUGGAAUAACACGUCAUAGUGAAUUUGAAAAAAUGGAAGGAUUGGACGACUACACCAAAGAAUUAGGCUCCAUUCUAAAUGACGAUAAUCUAAUUGGACCAAUUCUAAGAGAUGUUAGUGAAAUGAAAGGAGUUGUUAAAUCACUAAUAGAUUUAAGCAAUGGUAAUAAACUGUCUUAUAAUUUUGAAACCUUAAAACAAUUGCACUCAACUCUAAAGAUCACCGAUCAAAUGUUCAAUCGAUUCAAAUAUCUCUAUCUUAAAUACUUAAUUUAAUUGAAAGUUAAAAUCGAUACGGUCUUUAAGUGUGCUUAAGCAGUUGAGUUCUACAGAGGAGCUAUCGUCUCUGAGUCUCGUUCUGUAUAACAUGUGAAAGAUAACGUCAGGUCUAUUGCCAAAAAUAUGUAUAGUCAGAUAUUUGAAGACUUUUCUCUGAGUCCAUUAUUCAAAGGAACAAAAUAAGAAGAAUAAGCAUUGAAAUUCAGUAGGAUCUUUGGGUUUAUUUUGGGAUCAGCUGAAUCUACAAAUUAUGUUAUGGACUCCAUGAGAGAUUUUCAUAAGAGUUUUGAAAUUACAUCAGUAUAAUAUUCGAUCUUUAAAUACUAUUUAUCAGGUUCAUUAUCAAAACACACUCAAAAGGAAGUUAUUUGGUAUGUUUUAGAGUAGACUGAUGCUUAUAAAGCAGCUGUCAUUAAUUAAGAUAGUAUUAAAGAUUUAGUCUACAAGCAAUAAGGAUUUGAUAAUUUUACUAAUGAAUUUCUAAAAUUAUGUUAACAAGAUUAAUUUAUCUUUAAGAACUUUAUUCAUAAAGUUGGAUUUGAUUAGUUUGUAGAACACACUAAGUACUUUUUACAUUAUGCUUUUAAUAAAUAAAAUAACUGUUUUACAUUAGAUGAUCUGCAAUCAUUUCAUUGUUAACAUUCAAUCAAUAUUAAUUUAUACUAAAGUAUCAAAGAUAAAAUGAUGCUCUUACUAUCCAAAUUGAAUCCACAGAGAGUUAUAUUUUAAGACUUUGAAGAAGAAUUCGAUUUGAUACUGCCAUACAUAACAAAUUAAAAAUUACCUUGCGAUAUUGUAGGUGAGAGAUUGUGUGAAUUUAUCCCUAUCGUUUCGGAUGAGUUGAAAUCAAAUGUAGAAAUUAAGAACAUCUUUGAUAGCAAUGAUGUAAAUGUGAAUAAAGUUGUUUUAAAGAAAUUUGAAUAUUUAUUAUCAGGUAGAAAAUAUUUUAAGAGAUCUGAUAUCCAAGCAAUUCACUCAAGACUCAAGAUAAGUGAACAUAUAUUUGAAAGGUUUGUCCAUCUUAUCGAAAAAGCCAUAAGGCAAUAUGAUACUUCAUUAAUGUGGAUGAUCGAUGCAAUAAAGCUUUGGAAAUAUAUUAUCAUCACAGUUUGA